UAAACCCCCAUUUCAAUAAACUUCAAGCUCGAGACUUUUCCUCGUUUUCCCACCCAUCUCUCUCUCUCUCUCUCUGGUUGUCCUUCUUGCGCAAGGUUUCUAAUAAUUAUUGUGUACAGUGUUUGUGGUGUGUGGCAAAUGUAGGUGCAGUCAUGCAGGUAGUAUCAUGCAUUUGCUCUGUCAAAAUGCACAAUAGGUCCAUUACAAACCUUGCAUGCGUUCACUAUUUCAUAAGCUGCCAAGAGACAUUUGCUUUUAUCAAAUUGAAAAAUGCAUUCCUAUGGAAUGGAGACAAAGCAUCAAACAAGCAUUGGAUACCCAAGCACAAAGCAAGCCACAAUCCAAUUUUGAUCAUAAAACUAUUAUUGGACUUCAUGUGAAAACUGAUAAUUAUAUGAUGGAUUGUCUUCUCACAACUUUGAAAGAUUUUGCCAGCCAAGGUUAUUUGUCCAAAGCCUUCAAGAUCUUUUCUCAUAUUCAAGGUCAUUCCUUAGCAUCUGGUUCUUGGGAUUUUAUUGUAGACUCGUUGUCCUCGCUGUUGUUUUCUUGUAUAAACUUCAAGUUGGUUUCAGAGGGCAAACAGCUUCAUGCCCAAGUUAUCACCUGGGGUCUUGAGAAGAACCACGCACUGGUCCCAAAACUAGUAUCUUUAUAUGCGGCAUUUGGUCUUCUGGAUGAUGCUCAUCGUGUAGUUACAGGUUCACACAUUCUGCAUCCUUUGCCCUGGAAUAUCCUUAUCUCAUCAUAUGUAAAUAAGGGGCAUUUUGAGGAAGCUAUCUUUGCCUAUGAGCAAAUGGGUCUUAGACGAAUAAGACCAGAUCAUUGCACUUACCCAUGUGUUCUUAAGGCUUGUGCUGAGCAAUCAAAUCUUGAUUUUGGGAAAGAGGUUCAUAGGUCUAUCAAUGCUAGCUCUCUAAAGUGGAACCUAUUUGUGCAGAAUGCAUUGGUCUCUAUGUAUGGGAAGUGUGGGGAUCUACAAACUGCUCGAAGUGUUUUUGACAAAAUGCCUGUUAAGGAUGAAGUUUCAUGGAACUCAAUAAUUUCGGGAUAUGCCUCCAGGGGUAGGUGGGAAGAGGCUUUUGAGCUUUUCGAAAAAAUGCAAGCAGCUGGUGUGGAGUUGAACAUUAUAACUUGGAACACUGUUGCUGGAGGUUGCUUGAGGACUGGCAACUUCAAGGGGGCUCUCCAAUUGAUCUGUCAGAUGAGAAUGAGUGGUCAUCAUCUAGAUCCUGUUGCAGUGAUUAUUGGCCUUGGUGCUUGCUCUCAUAUUUGUGCAUUGAAAUUGGGGAAAGAAAUUCAUGGAUUGGCAAUUCGCAAUUCUUAUACUGACUAUGAUAAUGUAAAAAAUGCCUUAAUUACCUUGUAUUGUCGGUGUGGAGAUCUUAUGCAUGCCUAUGUUGUAUUCACGUUGAUAGAAGCUAAAAACAUAAUUAGCUGGAACUCCAUCAUAUCUGGUUUUGCGCAAUGGGAUCGGUCUGAAGAAGCCACGUCUCUCUUCAGAGAACUGCUGCUUACUGACAUUGAACCAAAUUAUGUGACACUUGCGGGCAUUCUUCCUCUUUGUGCUCGGGUGGCAAACCUGCAACAUGGGAAACAGUUCCACUGCUAUAUUGCCAGACGUGAAGAAUUUCACGGUUACCUGCUCAUUUGGAAUGCUCUUAUUGAAAUUUAUGCAAGAUCAGGUAAAGUUUCAGUUGCUAGAAGAUUGUUUGAUUCGCUGGACAAAAGAGAUGCAGUGACUUACACUUCAAUAAUAGCUGGAUAUGGCAUGCACGGAGAUGGUAAAAUAGCUAUAAAACUAUUUGAAGAAAUGAUAAGAUCCCAAAUAAAACCAGAUCACUUGGUAAUGGUUGCUAUUUUGUCAGCUUGUAGUCAUUCAGGUCUUGUAGCUCAAGGGCAGUUACUCUUUGAGAGGAUGCAAAGCAUUUAUGGGAUAACUCCUAAUUUGGAGCACUUUGCUUGCAUGGUUGAUCUCUUUGGGAGGGCUGGCCUGCUGAAAAAAGCUAAAGAAAUUAUCUUAAGGAUGCCUUAUAAGCCAACUUCCAAAAUGUGGGCAACGCUUCUUGGAGCAUGUCGGAUCCAUGGAAAUACAGAUAUAGGGGAAUGGGCAGCUGAGAAGCUGCUGGAAAUGAAGCCACAAAAUUCUGGGCACUAUGUGUUGAUUGCAAACAUGUAUGCUGCUGCUGGUUGUUGGAGCAAACUAGCGAAAGUAAGGACUGUUAUGAGGGACUUGGGUGUGAGGAAGGAUCCUGGAUGUGCUUGGGUUGAUAUGGGUGCUGGAUUUUCUCGCUUCUUGGUUGAGGACACUUCUAAAGGGCAAACAGAUGAAAUUUAUCUUUUGUUGGGGGGGUUGACUAAACAAAUGAAAGCUACUGAUUCUGUAGCUUCUGAAGCAGAGGAAGAAAAUUUUCUUGGAUCUCUUGCGUGAAGACAACAUUUGGAGCCAAAUAUGUCAAUUUCAUUGUGACUCUCGAAUUGGCCAUAAGAGACUACUUGCUUAUGAUCCAAUUCAACUAAUGAUAAUUAUGUUUUCAAACCACCGCAGUGCCCCUUUUCAUUUCCAUCUGGAUGCAGAUGGAGGAAACCAUUGAUGAAAAUUUCAAAAAGGCAGACUAAGAGCUCUUUUUUAUUUUUAUCAGAUAUGGGUUGAAUCCACCAGUUUACCUUCAACGAAGAAGACGGCCACAGACAUGAUCAAAUAUAUCUUCACAAACCUUAAACUCGACAAGCGUAAUCGCGUACAUUUGAGGUUCACUGCUCGUGUUGCUCGAUUUACACAAGAUCUUACUGACAGAUUUCAUUCACUCGUGCAACAGAAAUUCUUGUUUCUCAUCAACACAUUUCUAUUAAAUCCUUUCAUUACCAUCACCGGGAAGAUGACAAAAGUAGAGCCUGAUUAUUGUGGUUGAUGGACUUCAUUGACAUUUCCACUCUAAUUGCGAGGGAAACUCAGCAUUGCGCACAGCACCAAAAAUUCUGACUUGGGGUGGACUGGAAAAAAAUUACAUAAAAUUUAAUUAAUAUAUUUCUCUUUAUUCCAAC